AUGCUGACAAUGUUCAACUUUGAUCUCUCCCUCACAACGUUCGUCGGCGCCGCUGUGUGCUUUGGCAUUCUUGUCCUCCACCCCAUAUGGUCCCGCCGCAAGAGCAAACUACCACCUGGUCCAAGACGCCUCCCUAUUAUCGGAAACGCCCACCAAAUCCCCGCUGAGUUUCCAUGGAUGACAUUCUCUGACUGGAGUAGGAAGUAUGGCGAUAUCAUGCAUGUCGACGCUAUGGGGCAGUCGUUCGUCAUUGUGAGCUCGCCGAAGAUUGCACAAGACCUCCUCGACAAGCGCUCGUCGGUGUAUUCUGAUCGACCGCAUUUUGUCAUGGCAAAUGAGCUCGUUGGAUAUGGCGAAUCUUUCGUCCUACAACCGUACGGCGAUAAUUGGCGACGCCAGCGUCGUCUGGUCGCUCAAGACUUUGCUCAAAGUAAUACCCCAAGAUAUUACAGUCUCCAAGAGAGGGAAGCUCGAAUCCUUGUGCGCAACAUCAUGGACACCCCGUCUUCCCUUGUCUCUCAAAUCAAGCUGAGAAUCGGAAUGAUUAUCAUUCGUGUCACGUAUGGAUACUCCAUUCGGUCGGAAGACGAUGCCCUCCUCGCCACGUCGCUGAAAGCGGUGGAGAACUUCAGCAUCUUGAUGAUGCCAGGAAACUUCCUGGUGGACUUGAUCCCUCCGCUGAAAUACCUCCCGCGAUGGUUGCCAGGAACACGGUUCUUCAAGACGGCCGAGGAGAUGCGUAAAAUUCUUCUCGACGGUGCAUAUAUCCCUUACAACUGGUGCAAGACGAAUUUGGAAACAGGGAAGACGUUAAUGCCGAAUCUAUGUGCGACGAUCAUACAAGAGGCUGGCGGAGAGCUUCCGCCCGAUACGCAAGAAAAGCUCAUCUGGGCGGCUGGAAGUGUCAUGGGUGGCGGGUUGGAUACGAAUAUUUCGGCGGCACUGACAUUCUAUCUUGCCAUGAUUCUGAAUCCCGCGAUUCAGACAAAGGCGCAAGCCGAACUCGACAAUGUCGUCGGGAAGGAUCGACUGCCAGAGAUCGCUGAUCGCCCUAAUUUGCCAUAUGUAAAGGCGAUAAUCGCAGAGAUCUUCCGCUCAGGGCCAUCUCUUCCUCUUGGUAUCCCUCACGUUGUCAGCCAGGACGACGUGUAUGAGGGUUAUUCCAUCCCGAAAGGCAGUGUGAUCAUGCCCAACAUCUGGCACAUGCUCCACGACCCGGAAGUCUACCCCAAUCCCAAUGAAUUCAAUCCAGACAGGUUCAACGGCUCGGACGUAGAGAUGGAGAAGGUAAAAGACCUUGUGUUCGGGUUCGGCCGCCGUGUCUGUCCUGGAAGAUAUUUCGCUGAGGCCACGCUCUUCGCAAUCGUUGCUACUACACUGGCAACGUGCAACGUCCUCCCGGGACACGAUGCUGAUGGGAAGAAAGUGCUGCCCGAGUUCGCGUACUCUUCAGGCGCCAUCAUAAUACCAAAACCGUUCACUCUGAGAUUGCGACCUCGGUCUGAACAGGCUGCUGCUCUGCUUGCUGAUGUUCCAAGUGCUUUUGAAUAA